UGGAAUCGUUUAUUCGCCAGCAUUGCUUCCCGCCUCGGAUCCAUGAUAUCUUCCGACUUCGGCGCGGCUCAUCUGAUGCUUUUUGGAUUUCUCUGUCUCGUGGUUUCCCGACAAUAUAGGUUUUUGUGGGUCGUGCUCUUCACAGCUCGUCGUGAUUUGAGAGGUCUCCUUCGACUGAUACGUAUGACGCUAUACUUCCGUGAGGCCCGAAGGAAGGAUCUCACCGUCGUUCGAAUUUUCGAAGAAACUGUCAAGAGGAAUCCCGAUAAAAUCGCGUUCCGAACAGGAGACAGACAGUGGACGUUCCGCCAGGUCAAAGGGAUCAUCAAUCGCAUUGCAAACUGUUUUCUGCAACUUGGCUUCAAGUCUGGCGAUGAAGUCUGUAUCUUCGCAGACUCUCAACCCGAGUUCGUGAUGAUGUGGCUGGGCUUGUCCAAGAUCGGGGUUGUCUCCGCGCUAGUGAAUAACAACUUACGCUCGCAACCUCUGAUUCAUUCUCUCUUGAGUGUUCCCUCCAAGGCCAUCAUAUUCGGCCUCGCCCAAGUCAAAGAGGUCAACGAUGUCGCAGCCGAAGUCCUGCGCGAAAGAGCCGAAUUCAAAUUUUUCUGCAUCGGAGCUGCCGAGAACGCCUCCAGGAUCAACUACAUGAACCUCAAGAAACUCAUUGGGAGCAGUCCAUCAACAGAGCCUCAGACAAAUCAUAAAGGAUCCCUGAACGAUAAACUCGUUUAUAUCUACACAUCUGGGACCACCGGAAUGCCCAAACCCGCCGUCAUCAAGAACUCUCGUUUCGUAUCAUUGGUCUCGAUCCUCAAUAAGAUCAUGCCCGUGGAGCAAUCGGAUGUGUUUUACACCUGUCUGCCGCUUUAUCAUACGGCCGGAGGCAUUGUCGCGAUCGGCCAAGCCCUUCUCUUCGGGAAUACCGUUUGUGUCCGCCCGAAAUUCUCGGCGUCGAAGUUUUGGGAGGACUGUAUCAAAUUUGAAGCGACGGUGACACAGUACAUCGGAGAAAUCUGUCGGUAUCUCAUCGCUCAGCCGGAAACGCCUCUGCAGAGAAAACAUAAAAUUCGGAUGAUAUUCGGGAACGGUCUCCGACCCCAAAUCUGGACUGAGUUUUCAAAGAGGUUCAACAUCCAAGAUAUUCGAGAGUUCUACGGCUCAACAGAAGGCAAUGCUCAUGUUAUAAAUAUUGACAACACCGUCGGCGCGGUCGGCUUCGUAUCGCGCAUCGUCAAGAGCAUCCAUCCCGUGCGUCUCAUCCGUAUCAACUCGGAUACUGGUUUGCCCGAGAGAGAUGCCAGGGGUUUGUGCAUACCGUGCGAACCUGGAGAGAUCGGGGAGCUCGUAGGGGAAAUCCGCAAGAACGAUCACCUCCAUUCAUUUGAUGGCUACGCUUCCGAUGAAGCUACGAAAAAGAAAAUCUACAGGAAUGUUUUCGGUGAAAACGAUGCCGCAUUCGCGUCCGGGGACUUAUUGGUCAUGGAUGAGUACGGAUACCUCUACUUCAAAGAUCGAACCGGAGAUACCUUCCGAUGGAAAGGCGAGAACGUCUCGACGUCAGAGGUCGAAGGGACAAUAUCCAGAAUACUGAAGAUGGCGGACGUCGUUUGUUACGGAGUUCAAGUUCCUGGAACCGAAGGCAGAGCCGGAAUGAUCGCCGUGGAAGAUCCGUACGAUCUGAUUCAUUUGAAUUCCUUCGUUGAUGAAAUCAGAUCCAGUUUACCGGCAUACGCCGUUCCGCUAUUCGUCCGCAAACUAAGGCGACUCGACAAGACGGGGACGUACAAGCUCAAAAAAGUCCAACUGCAAAAAGAAGGAUUCGACAUCGAGGAGAUCGAGGAGCCCAUCUACUUCCUGCAGGGCGACACCUACGUUCUCUUAGACGAAGCAACACUGAGGAAGAUACAGCUCUCACAGAUUCGCAUUUGAAGCUGGAUCCGGAUCCCCCUCAUUAUUAAUAUACAUAUGACCCUAAGUAAGAAUGCAUAGUAAAAUAUUCUCCCACAUA